AUGCACGAAUUUACUUCACCGUGGCUGGAAACGGGGAGGGGGUGCGGCGCGGUGGUCCCACCGCAGCGCCUUUGUUCCGCCGCGGGCCCCAGCCCCACCUCCGCGCAUGCGCCGGAGACAGACAAAGGCGCGGACAGGGGCAGGAGAGCUUCUGCCGUGUUCCGCGCACCCGCUUUGGACCAGCGUUGGCGCUGGGCGCGCAUCCGCCGUGGCGAGAGGGUGGAUGUGUGGGUCUCAUGUGCGUCCUUUCUCCCCCUCUCCGUGAGCAGCCGCGACCAGCUGAGUCAGUUCCUUUUAGGAACCGCCUUUGAGAAACACGCGUGUGCGCGGGGAGAGACGGGCGGGAGAUGCGCCGCGCGGCGCUCACGCUUAGGGGGCGCACGGACCCGAGGUUUAAAUAGGACCCUUGCAGGCAGCAGCUCGACUCGCUCGGAGGUCUGCGAACGUCCCUUGGAGCUUUAUCUCCCCAGCCCCAUGAAAAAAAAUCUCAGGGAGGACCGGAGGACCCUGGCGAGGACGGAACGGGAGAGCGGGAAGGCAGAAGCCAGGCUCCCUGCCCCAAAGAGAGCGGACGCGGAGCAGGGACACACAUCGAGGUGCUGGGCGCUCCUCCACUCUCCGCACCCGCGACGCGGCGGUGCCUCGUGGGGUGGCGGCGGGUCUGGCCCCGGCGGUGCGGGGAAGCUUCCAGGCCGCCAGCCCAUAUGUGCAGCCCGGCUGGGGAGCGCGGGGACCUGCCUCCCCGCCGGAGAGGGGCGGCACAGGCGGAAGAGACGGAAUAAUCACUGGCAUUGGUGCUUUCGGCACGCUUAAGGAGAGGGUCUGCCCGUUAAGCACAAAAGGCAAAAAACAAUAGAGGAAAGCAACCCGAUUUUCAGGAGAACGGAUCUCUCCCCGUCGCUCCUGCGGCUGAACGUCGCUGUGGCUUCAGGUCUGGUAUCCCUCCACUUCUCCCCAACCCGCUUAAAAGCGUCCCUGGGUCCGCCUCAGCACAUCCCGCCACAGCUAAGGGCACUGCUCGCACCCUCCCACCUCCCUAUUUUUAAACACCUGCUGCCAGGUAGAGCCCUUCUACCAUGGAGCCUGGCGCGCCCUGCUUGGCGCUCGUUCGGCGCUACCGUAUCCCGACAGCGGUUGAGAUGCGGGGCUGGGGCGCCCUCUGCACCUCGAAUGGCUGCCGGGCAGGACCAGGCGCUGCCUCUUGGGAGAGUGACCACUCCACCGUCGCCCCAGCUGCCGGGGAAGGACGGUAAAACGGACUCGCUGGGAGCGAACCGCGGUGGCGGUAUCUCCUCGGGGAUGCUCCAAUUCGGAGGCGCGGAGAGGAGUGGUCUGGCUACCCCACCGCUUCGAAGCCACGAGCACCAUCUUUCAGCAGAAACAAUGAAGGCUAUUUCCCAGUUCACGUGGGUACAAGAUCCGAGUGAGAGGCGUGUAGCUGGCCCCUGACUAGGGGCAACUCUGGUUUGCAUUGUCAAUAUAAACGGAGCGAAAAGGGCGUAGGGCAUGUGGAGGAGGCAGGUGCGGCGGCGAGAUUUUGCUACUGGGACGUGGUGAGCGGUGCCACGUGUGGCACGACGAGUCCCACUUCCCAUCCAUUCCCAUGUAGGAAAACUAUCGGACAAUAAAAUGUUUGAGGGUUACGUGUUUCACGCA